AAUCCCCUCUUCUCCCCCUUUCCAAUUUUCCCCCUUUUCUCAAAAACCCCCAAAUUCGCCGCCGCAAAAAAUGACGAGCUACGGCACAAUCCCGACCUCCUCCUCCCCGGCGGCGACCUCCGUCAACCUCGAGUACAUCUCCCGCGCCAAGGAGCGCAUCAAGGAAGGCCUCGGCACGCGCCGCCCCUGGGCCGAGAUGGCCGACUUCCACAGCUUCGACCUGCCGCGCUCCUUCCGCGAGUCGGUGGCGCGCGUGCGCACGAAUCUCGCCUACUUCAGCAUGAACUACGUCAUCGUCGCGCUCGGGAUUGUGUUCCUCAGCCUCCUCUGGCACCCGAUCUCGCUCAUCGUCUUCCUCGCGAUGAUGGCGGUGUGGCUCUUCCUCUACUUCCUCCGCGACGAGCCGCUUGUGAUCUUCGGCCGCCUCUUCAGCGACAAGGUCGUCCUGAUCGUGCUCGGAGUGCUCACGAUCUUCGUCCUGCUCUUCACCGGCGCGACGACGGAGAUCCUCAGCGCGCUGCUCGUCGCGGCGGUAGUGGUGCUCGUGCACGCCGUCGUGAGGAGGACCGACAAUUUGUGCCCCGAUGAGGAGUCCUCGGGCCUGCUGAGGUCAGCAAGUCCGCCUUCCUCUUGAUUUUUUUUUCAAUUUCGUUUUUGGAUCGUGUUUGUUUAUCCUUUUUCAAUUCCACUGUUUCUGGUGAAUUUUCAAAAAUCAAUUGAUCGUGAUUAUCAGUUGUUGACUUGUUGAAAUUUUUUGUAAUUUUGUUCAAUGUAUGCGUGAGGUGUAUUUAUUCAACAACUCUCUGAAUUUAUUUACCAAAAUCUACAGCUUCAAUUAUGCUUGAAGUUUGAAGUUUGAAGUUUGAAUCA